CCCAGUCUUUCUCGUUCAUAUCGCACGUGUUGCAAUAACAAAAUCCAGAGGCUCCUCGUCUUUUCCUUGAGUUGUAAAUACAGGCACAGAAAUGGGGAAAAAAGCCAAGGUUGGGAAGCGAAGAAAGGAUAAAUUCUAUCACUUGGCAAAGGAGACAGGUUAUCGUGCUCGAUCAGCUUUCAAAUUGAUCCAGUUGAACAGAAAGUUUGGCUUCCUACAGAAAUCUAGAUGCCUUAUUGACCUUUGUGCCGCUCCUGGGGGAUGGCUACAAGUUGCAUCCAAGUUUAUGCCAAUGUCAAGUAUUAUUGUUGGGGUCGACUUGGUGCCAAUUAAACCUAUCAAGAAUGUCAUCACUUUCACUGAGGACAUAACAACUGAAAGAUGUAAACAGCUUUUGAAGAAAGAGCUGAAGACAUGGAAGGCAGAUUGUGUGCUUAAUGAUGGUGCUCCAAAUGUAGGAACAGCCUGGGUCCAAGAUGCAUUCACUCAAGCUGAGCUUACUCUAAGUGCUCUAAAACUCGCAUGUGAAAAUCUCAAAGAAGGGGGCUGGUUUAUCACAAAGGUGUUCAGAUCCAAAGAUUAUCAGCCACUUCUGUGGGUUUUCCAGCAGCUCUUCAAAAGUGUCCACUCCACCAAGCCACAGGCAUCAAGAAAUGAGUCAGCUGAGAUUUUUGUGGUUUGUCAGGGCUAUAUAGCUCCAAGUAAAAUCGACCCAAAGAUGCUGGACCCCAAGUUUGUGUUCCAAGAGGUGCAGCAGCUUGAUCUGAAGAAGCCAACUCUAUUGAAUGAGAAGAAAAAAAAACGUGCCGAGGGUUACAAAGAGUGUGACUACACCCUGCACACGAAAACCCCAGCCUCUGAGUUUAUCCAGAGUGAGUCGCCACUGGAACUGCUAACAGAGACUAAUGAGAUUGUGUUUGAUGAUGACAAAAUUUUGAAUCAUACACUGACAACAGAAGACAUCAAAGAAUGCUGUCGAGACAUCAAGGUCCUAGGAAAACCAGAUGUCAGGAAUCUGCUUGCAUGGCAAAGAAGUUUGGGGAAAGAAUUUUACCCAAAAGAAAACAGCAAAAGCUCUGGAGACAAGAAGCAGGAAGAGCCAGAGGAUGAAGAGGAGGCAAUUCAGAACUCUAUCCUCAAGUUGAAAGAAGAGGAGUCUGCAGAAGUCAAAAGGCAAAAAAGGAAGGUGCAACAGCAGAGGCAGAAACUGCGUGAGAAGAUGCAGCUAAAAAUGAUUCUCCCUGAAGAUGUCAAGGAAAUUCAGGAAGAUGCGGAGAUGUUCUCUCUUGCUAACAUAAGAAGCAAAAAGCACUUGGAGGCAAUUGAUGAUCUGGGUGCCAAUCUUAUGGAUGAUGGCGCAGUGAUUAGAGAAGAUGAUGAUGGUGCACUUGUCCUUGAAGAAGGUUCAGAUGUUGAAAAUGAUGAUAAUGAGAUGGAAUCAUCAGAUGGGGAAGAUAACCAAGAGAGUGUGGACACACAAAAAGAAAAUGUUGAGAACCCACUUCUUGUUACUCUUGAAGAGAAGGAAUCCGCGAGUGCGAAAACAAGUAAAUGGUUCGAAAAGGACAUAUUUCAAGGGCUAGAAGAUGAUGUUGAUGAAGAUGUUGAAAUCAGCCAAAUGCUACAAGACUACAAGAAAAAGGGUGGAAAGUUGAUAGGGGAAGACGAAAAUGAAGAAGAAAAAGCUGGUGUCUCAGAGAAACCAAUGCCUGAAUCUGCAAAGACAACCAAACCUACUAGAACAAAGAAACAAACUGACAAUGAAGAUGAUGAUGAUGAGAGUAGUGACGAUAGCAGUGGUUCUGAUUCUGAUGAAGAAUACGACAUGAAAGCCAUGGAUGGGAAACAGAAAAAAACUAAGGGGGACCAGGGAUUUGAGGUCGUGCCACAGGAAUCAGCAAGCUCAUAUGCAAAGAAGUUGACUCCAGAGGGAAUGGCCAUUGGAGCUCAAAUGGCUUCCUCUAGAAAGAGGAAAAGAGAUAUUAUAGAUGAUUCUUAUAAUAGGUACUCAUUCAACGACCCCAGCCUGCCCUCGUGGUUUGUUGAGGAUGAGGCACGCUGCUGUAAGCGCCAGCUGCCCAUCACUAAAGCAGAAGUAGAGGAAUACAGGGCCAGACUGAAGGACAUCAACGCCAGGCCCAUCAAGAAAAUCGCAGAGGCUAAGGGUCGAAAGAAGAGGAAGGAACUUAAGCGUGUCGAGAGAGCUCGCAAGAAAGCAGAGGCAGUCUGUGAUGCCCCAGAUGUCACAGCACAGGAGAAAAUGAAGCAAAUCCAAAACUUAUACAAAAAGGCUUCCAUAAACAAGAAGAAGGAGAUUAAAUAUGUUGUGACAAAGAAACACCAGAGCGCAAAAAGGAUGAAAAGGCCGGCAGGAGUUAAGGGACCAUUCAAGGUGGUCGACCCAAGAAUGAAGAAAGACAUGCGUGCAAUGAAGAACAAAGAAAAGACAAAGGGGCGAAAGGGCAAAAAAAGAUAGCAUUACACUUUGUCUAGACUUGUACAUAGAUAUUUUAGCUAAUAAUGAUGGUACUCAACCAAUAAAUUGCAAAACACAA